UCGUGAUGAAAGGAAAUGGAUUGAAAAACAGAACAGAGCUACAAGGGCACAAAGAAAAAAAGAAGAAAUGAACAGAAUAAGAACAUUAGUUGACAAUGCAUAUAGCUGUGAUCCUAGGAUAAAAAAAUUUAAGGAAGAAGAAAAGGCCAAGAAAGAAGCAGAAAAGAAAGCAAAAGCAGAAGCAAAACGGAAGGAGCAAGAAGCUAAAGAAAAACAAAGGCAAGCUGAAUUAGAAGCUGCUCGGUUGGCUAAGGAGAAAGAAGAAGAGGAAGUUAGACAGCAAGCGUUAUUGGCAAAGAAGGAAAAAGAUAUCCAGAAAAAGGCCAUUAAAAAGGAAAGGCAAAAACUUCGAAACUCUUGCAAGACCUGGAAUCACUUUUCAGACAAUGAGGCAGACCGAGUUAAAAUGAUGGAAGAAGUAGAAAAACUUUGUGAUCGGCUUGAGCUAGCAAGCUUACAGUGCUUAAAUGAAACGCUCACAUCAUCUACAAAAGAAGUAGGAAAGGCUGCUCUGGAAAAACAGAUAGAAGAAAUAAAUGAGCAAAUUAGAAAAGAGAAAGAGGAAGCUGAGGCUCGGAUGCGACAAGCAUCUAAGAAUGCAGAAAAGUCAACUGGCGGAAGUGGAAGUGGCAGUAAAAAUUGGUCAGAAGAUGAUCUGCAAUUACUAAUUAAAGCUGUGAAUCUCUUCCCUGCUGGAACGAAUUCAAGAUGGGAAGUUAUUGCUAAUUACAUGAACAUACAUUCUUCUUCUGGCGUCAAAAGAACUGCCAAAGAUGUUAUUAGCAAAGCAAAGAGUCUCCAGAAACUUGACCCUCAUCAAAAAGAUGAUGUAAACAGAAAAGCUUUUGAUAAAUUUAAAAAAGAACAUGGAGUGGUACCUCAAUCAGACAACGCAACACCAUCAGAACGAUUUGAAGGUCCAUGCAUGGACUUCACCCCCUGGACAACAGAAGAACAGAAGCUUUUGGAACAAGCUUUGAAAACGUACCCAGUAAAUACACCUGAACGAUGGGAAAAAAUUGCAGAAGCAGUUCCUGGCAGAACAAAGAAGGACUGCAUGAAACGAUACAAG